GGGUGCAGUGCGCAUGAGUUCGGCUGCUCGGCGGAGCUUGUGUUUGGCUUGAGAGCACUUGGAGAACUUGCUGUCCUUCGUCCUUAUAGCUCAUCUGCUGUCCCUGUUAGGAGAGGCGUGGAUUUCUGCUAGCAGCCGGCAGUGAAGAGGAAUGCAGCUACUGAGUAAUCUGUAAGGAGGAAAUACGUCCACCCUACUGGAUCAGCCAACUUGGAGCAGUCUGCAGCCGCAGUGGCACAGCAGAGACGUGUCGUGGGCCAGUUUGUUUUGUUUAGCUGUGAUCUUGUAUGGCUGGUUCUGAGGGCAGACAGCACCUUAUCUUUGAUGGCACUUCAUUACAGCUGCUGAACUACGUGCCCCUGCCAAAGCAAAAUUAGAUUUUUGAAGAAAUGAAUACAACUAGCAACGCUACGUAACAUGUUGAUGGCAUCCUAUCCUGCAUUGGGAUCGAUAAGUCCAGAAGGUGUGAUGCCUAGAAACCUCCUGUCAGACUUCCCUGAAGCAACGCCCGAAAUCUCUCCGAAGCGCACACUUGGGAGCAUGGAGGGGGGUGGUGCUGUGGAGAACUGUGGCAACCAAGCUAGGUGCAAAAACCUUGCCAUGGAUGAUGAGAGUAUGAAGUACUUAACUCACGAAGAGCAGGAUGUUCUCACGUUCUUUGAGGAAACCAUAGAUGCCUUAGAGGAUGACUUGGAGGAACCAGUCCUACGUGACAGUGGCAUCCACUGUCAGUCUCCAAGGUCAACAGAAGAAAAUGUGUCCAGUCAUUCAGAGACUGAAGAUAUCAUUGACUUAGUGCAGUCAACACCUGAGGGCAGUGACCAUGAAGGCCCUCCCAGCAAAGAUGCAGAACCAGGUAUGUUGGAUGCUACCCGGAGAACUGAGAGCGCUGAGCCGGCUGUACCUGCUGACCUUCCCCCACAUCCCUCUGCACCACCACCACAGAUGUGUGAGACGCUCCCUCCUCCGCCUCCUCCUGCAGUGCAGCAUCCAAAAUUGCUUCGCUCUGUCCCCACUCCACUCAUCGUGGCCCAGAAGAUGUCUGAGCAGCAAAUGGAGAGCAGGGUGCGUUUCCCCAGCGCCCUGAAGGAGGGGAAUUCGGACAGGAAGAAAACUGUGGUAGCCAAUGGUGAUUAUUUUGCAGCUCCGAAGCACCCUCCUGUGCCUGCACCCAAACUGCACCGGUUUCCAAGCAAUAUCAAUAUAACAAAUGUCAGUGGCAAAGAAUUCAAUGAGACUAUCUCAAAAGCAGCAGUUAAUGUACAGGAGCGGAGAGCUCAGGUGCUGGCCAACAUCAAUGGGGGAUUUCUGGCAACUGAAUUGGAGGAGAGGCAGCAAAAAAAUGAUUUCUUGUCACGCAACAGAAGUUCUUCCUUAAGGGAUCUCUCCUCUGAGCAAACGCGCUAUGAGGCCCUGACAAAACUUGGCCUUGUUAAGGGAAAGCCGGCUCAGGACCCAGUGGAUCAUGUCCCAGGUACUCAGCAGCUUGAUGUGCAGCCCAAACAGGCAGACACUGUUCCCAAUGGAUACCAAAACAUCCACGAGGCUUUAAAAAGUGAGCCCAGCCCUUUCCUUCCUACGGGCAAAACUGUAACAAUCAGACCAGAGGUAGUUCUUAAUGCUAGCAAGGUCACUCAGCAGAACACGGCAAAAGAUUUUAAUGAUUACAAGCAACCUAACCUGGAUAUGAGGAGGAGGUCAGGUUCACUACCCAGACCUUCAGGGUUUCGAUCGCAGGGGAUAACAGUAAAGUUUUCUGGCCGUGGCUCAACAGAAGAGGCGAGGAGAGAGGCACUGCGUAAGCUGGGACUGCUGAAAGAGACUGCAUAGUUUGGAUGGGCAUGUGAUAAUGGAGGGGAAGUCACGACUUUGGGCUGGAACAGUCCUGAUGGGAUUGGGAUCAGACUGGAAGGAGAUAUGGGAAGAUCUCUGCUUCAGGCAAGCUAAGGAGAGAGAUGCUGGUACUGCGGCAUGGCUGUUAGUUACAGACUGGCACUGUGUAAGGCCGUGUACGUUGGUGGGUUUCAGCCCUGCUUCCUGUAGAGACACUCAUCUGUUGUUCUUUGUGAUUAAGAAGAAUUUUAUUUAAGUAAUGCUGGACUGUAGCAGAGGACAGCUUGUUAAUGAAGUGUACAGUGCAGUAUUGUUGUACAUAGCAAACAAUGCAGAAUCUUCCUUUUGCUCUUUUUAAAGCCAAAAAAACCCACGAGAGCUCUGUCUUGCACACAUCUGUGUUAUGGGAGCUCGAGAUACGUCAAAGCUGGAAUUUCUGACUGGUGUGACGCUUCAGUGACACUGUCUGUAUUAUCAGGCUUUGCUUUCAUUACCUUCUGGUGGUGGACUCUUUUGCUCCCUCACUCUCUGCCCACUCAGCUGAAGACUGCAGAGGGCAAUUCGGGUUCUGACCUUCUCACUGGAGCAGCUCAGGCUUGGAGUGGGCGACUGCAUCAUUCUGCUGCUUUGCUCGAAGCUGCCUUCCUUCCUUCCUUCCCAGCUGCUGCUUCCUGGCCCUGCCCUCACAGCCUGUGUCCAGUGAAAGGCACCAGACAGGCCUCAAGGAUACGCGCCCUGUGUCGCUUUCUGCACUGACAGCCAAAGAGACUCCUGACAAUCUGCAAUCCCAGCUGUUCUGUAUGAGAAGCCAUAGGAACAAGUCGACUCUGUACCAAAUGUGAGAGCGUUCUGUCAGAAGUCUCACCUUCCCCCUUGCCGCUCCCCAUGAAGAAGCUGUUACUUUUCAAGCACUAGCUGUGCUACGCUGCAAAGGUGUAAAUUCUGUUACUUCUAAAAAGAAAGUAAACCUCAUUUGAUCUUCCUUGAGUCUGACAGACCUAAUAGCCCUCUGCUCGGAGCCUUAUUUGAUUCUGCCCUGCCAAUACAUAACAGAAAUCGUAGCCAAAAUUCCUGCAGGCUAAAUGGAGUCACAGGAGAGAGUGGCUGUAGAAGCACAUUGCUCCUGGAGGGUCCAUGUUUGCGUAUUUUGCCUUUGUUCAAUAGACAUGCUUUUCAUGAUGGUCCCAAAACGUGUGCUGGUAUGCUUUGGGAUUUCUUCUUAGAUCUAUGGCAGAGCUGCUCUUCUGUAAUAAAACUCCCUUUCCUUUUCGUCUACCUGAAACUAUCAAAACCAGCCAUCGAAAACCCCAAUGCCAAACCCCAGCCUCCCACACGGGUCGGAGUUCUCAGCCUCUUUCUCUAAAGGAGAAAACUCCUUUAUUCUCUGCACUUUCCGAAGCCCCCAGCAGCCCCCUCGCUUCCCUGAGAAGCUGAGUAAUAAACCCAGGAGGGGAGUGGCAAUAAUAGAAACUGCCGCACCCUUCAUAGAGGAGCUCUGACAUAACUGUGAUAAACAAGUUUGUAUUUCUUGUGAUAAAGUAUUUCAAACCUGCUGAGUUUGCAAAUGAAGCUGUUGUGAAGGAAGAAUCUUUUCGUAGUUGUGAACCUGCCUCAUAAGAUAAAGAUUUUGGUUGUUGUUGUCCUUAAUUUAUCUGCUUGCUGCUUUAAAUUUUUAAUUGCAUUGUUACGGUAUCCGGACGGUUCUGUUGCACAGUAAUUCUUUGCAGCCUUUUUGCUGGGGAAGUGGUCGCACUCCUCACUGUGACAGCCAUGCUGUACAUAAGCGCCCAGUAAUUAAGAAAGGCGGCCGUUCCUCAGGCUGGCAGAGCAGUAAGCAUGCAUAACCAGACGUGAGGAGUCCUGCUGGAACAAAGAAGGCUUCUUGUAUGCUGGAAGGAAAUCACGUUCUUAUUUUGCUGGGAUUUCAGCCUCCAGUCCUAAAUUUGAAAGAAGAUGAAGCACAGAAACGCAUCGCAGCACCUGCUUCGGUGCUGCCUGGGAUGGAGUCUCACAUGUGGGCAGCGUGGGGCCGAUGCAUCAUAAUUUAUUAACAUAACCUGCUAAGUCAACCUGAAUGUUUCAUGGCCUCUGCGCUUGUGAAUGCUGUUAAAGGCAACUUUACAUUAUACAUGGGAGGGAUGUACAGAGCAAUCUUCACAUCUGAUCAUUCCCUGCCAGCUCUUUGCUUUGGGUUGUUUACAGCUGAGAAUCCACACUAAGCGAGAGGCGGGGCGAUGUGACACCAAUUGUCCCACUGACACACAGCCCAACUCCCUAAUGGAACCCUAUUCAAAAAUGGAUCUAUAUAAAUUUUAAUGUUUAAUACCUAAAGCUGCAGUGUGCUGAAUUAGCUGGACUGUGUUCUUCCAGCCUUGUGUGGGGCCGUGUCCUCAGCUGCUGGGAAAUGGGACUCACAGCUUUUCAGCUUCAACCACAUUCUGCCCACGUGGAUGAGGUAUUUGUUGUAGCCUUUCACCGUAGCAAAUAUCCAGUUGGUAAACUCUUCACUGUGCCUAAAACUGUAGCGAGUAAAGCCAUGUGCUAUAUGAAGCUAUGAGUCUAGCUGCUAAUAAUCUGUAUAUAAUAACUUUAUCUCUGUUUUGUGUACCUUGUUUUGUGUGUAUAUGUUGCUGUGAUAUUUUUUCCUAUGUUAGAAGUAACUGUCUUGCACAAAUCCAAUAAAUCCUCCAUUAAAUUGAGAUAAAACCAA